AUGCUGCAGGAGCCGACUCUACCGACAACAGCCGCGGCAGAGACUGCAGUCGCGGCCGUCGCAACUGCUGCAGCAGCCGCCGCCGCCUCUCCUGCCGCGGCCGCCGCAUCUACUGCAGCUGCCGCCGCUGCAGCUACAACAGCAGCAGCCGCCGCUGCAUCUACAGCAGCAGCAGCCGCCGCACCUUCUGCAGCAGCCGCCACUGCAUCUACAGCAGCAGCAGCUGCCGCAUCAUCUACAACAGCGGCCGCCGCCGCAUCUACGGCAGCAGCAGCCGCCGCAAUCUACAGCAGCGGCCGCCGCAACUACAGCAGCAUCAACCGCUGCUGCCUCUGCAGCAGCAGCCGCCGCCGACCCAGCAGCAGCAGCCGCCGCCGAUCCUGCAGCAGCCGCAACCGUCGAAUCUACUCCAUCGGCCGCCGCCGGCCCUGCAGUCCCUACUCUAGCCGAACCUGCAGCAACUGCCGCCGCUGUCGCGACUGCCCCGGCCCUGCCUUGCCCUGCUGCUACUGUCACUACCACCUCACUGCCAAGGAAGACAUUUCACUGUACGACCACGCCCUAGGCCAUGCUACUGCCCCUGACUCCUCUGCUGCUAGCACACUGCGCUCCCAGUGGCAGACCCGCGACGCACACGCUCGCUUUGCUAUCCGCAACUCCCUGCCGCUAGAUGAGCGCGAGCACUUCGGCCAGUGCAAGACUGCUAAGGAACUGUACACAGCCGUAGUUGCUCGCUACUCCUCGCCUGCGUCUGCCACCCUAGGCCGCCUCUCCCUGCCCUACCUGUUCCCCGACCUGGCCUCCUUUCACACUGUCGCUGAUCUCAUCACCCACCUCAAGACUAGUGAGGCCCGUUUUCGCGCUGCUAUGCCUGCCGAGUUCCUUGCUAGCAACCCCCCCCCGCUCUGGCUCACUCUCUACCACAUUGUCACCCGCCUCCCUGACUCUCUGCGCUCAGUCAGGGACUCCUUUCUAGCUCGCUCCCCUACUGAGCUCACCAUUGCCCUCCUCGAGAAGGACCUACUUGCAGCUGAGGCGAGCAUCGUCGCCGUAGGUGCCUCUCGUGGCGAGCCCCGCACCCCCUUCUUCGAGGGGUGUUCCCCUUCCCCCCUUCUCCCCUCUGUCGCCACUGCUGCUGCUGUCGACCUCCUUGGUGCUGAGAAGGUCGGGGCUGCGUCUGCUUCGAGCGGGCGCCGCAAGAGCAGGGGGGGCAAGGGUGGGGGUGGAGGCGGGGGAGGCGGGGGUGGAGACAGUGGAGGUGGCGGUGGGUCUGGAGAGGCUAGUGGCGGCAGUGGGGGUGGUGACAGCGGCGGCGGGGGUGGUGGCAGAGGCGGAGGUGGCAGCGGCGGCGGUGGCGGUCGUGGCCGUGGCAGCGGUGGCGGUGGCGGUGGCGGUGGCGGUGGCGGUGGCGGUGGUGGCCGUGGAGACGCUGGAGUUUCCUGGGUCUACUGA